CUGAGCCCUAACAGCCACUGGCCUCCUUCCCUCUGUCGGGUUAUCGGAAAGAUAACCACCCCGGGCGGUGUUUGCCUCAAGGCGAUGUCAUGUAGUUGCAGUCUCACCCGAUCCCGCAAGAGCCCCCGAGGAGGUUCAUUAAGUGCCUCGUCUUCCGAUUCGGAUGGCAUGUCGUCUUCAUCAUCAUGCAAAAUUUCUAUUCUGCGAGGGUGGCGGGGCGGUGCUGGCUGUGGGUCACAGGCUGUUUUCGUCCGGCUUCCCAGGGGACAGCCUCAACUAUCUGGGGGCAGUCCAUUGUGUGGCGUUGUUGCACUUCCAUCUCCUGAUGCCAGAAUUGCUGCAGUUGCUGCUUCUGUUGUUGCAGGAUGCGUUCUUGUUGGCAGCAAAGCUGUUGUUGCCACUGCAGAUGCAGGUUCUGUAAGAUCUGCUGUUGGUACAGCACCCUUUGUUGACGUUGUUGGUGGUGGUACUGCGCCAGCUGUGCUUGUAGGAGGAAGUGGAGUUGGUCCUCGCAUUGCCCCCGCUGCUGUGCCUGUGCCUGCUCCUGAAUGUGCAUGUUUUGCUGAGGUGACACCAGCUGGUUUUGUUGGUUUUGUUGCUGCUGCAUCGCCGCAGCUUGUUGUUGCUGUUGGUGGUGUUGGUUCCAUGUCUGGUGUUGCAUCUGUUGUUGUUGCGGGUGAUGCUGCAUCUCCUGGGCCGGAGCAUGGUAUUGUUGUGUCGCAGCAUGUAGUUGUUGUUGCUGCAUUUGCUGCUGCGAGAGCAGCUGCUGCGCGCUUUGUUGGUGCGACAAGUGUUGUGGCACAGCAUGCAGUUGUUGUUGCUGCAUUUGCAGUUGUGGCAGCAGGUGCUGCUCACUUUGUUGAUGCGGCAGCUGUUGUUGCAGCAGCGUUUGUUCCUGUUGUGCCAACUGUUGGGGCUGAUGUAACAUCACUUGCUGGUCCUGUGGUGGUUGGGCCAGCUGCUGUGACAUGUGCAUCAGCUCCAAUUGUUGUUCAGGUUGAUGUGAUAGCAUUUGAUCGUGCUGCGGCCUGUGGUGGUGCUGUUGUGAGAUCAACAGCCGCUCCUGCUGUUGUUGCACGGCCCCAAGUUGGUGAUCGUGUUGCACCGCUAGCUGUUGUUGCUGUUGCCUUUGGUGCUCCGGCGAAUGCUGCGCGGGCUGUUGCUGUUGCUCCCGCGGCUGUUGUGGAGGCUUCUGCUGGACGGCUCCCAUUAUUUCAUAGUGUUCGAGCUCCAGCUUUCGUGACCGCGUCAGCUCGUGCGGUGGUUUUGGGGGCGGUCGGGGGGGGCAAUAAUUUUGCUUCUCCCGUUACUUGUGAGAUCACCCUUGUCCCCUGGGGGUGAUUCGGAUCCGGGGAUCGACUGUGCUUUUCCUUUUGCUG